CCUCGCUAGUAUUCCCAAAGAGAAUUGACGCGCUCGCGUCAGAGUUGUCGGGCUUAAUCGGGCUAGCGCGAUGGCUAGCUCGCUUUGCCCACUACAACCAUCGGAUGUAAACAACGGCGGCAGGAACAACCUAAGAACAUCACGAAGCACGCCAACGCAACGCCCAACGACUCCCACGAUCACCACAAAGCCUCCAAUUCGAUAUCAAGCGCGUCGACAUACCCAAAGCAUUAAUUCAGGACCGACUGGAGUUUCGAAAACGCGACAUUUUUCGCGCGUGGCGAUCCACACCACCACCCAACCAACACAUACCAGAGAACAAGCCCAUGACGAGCUCGGUCACCGCUCCAUGACUACCCUCAUACGCACGCGGAAUCCUCUAGAAACGCUGAGCAUGAAUACACAGCCGCAGCGCAGGCGCAGUAAGCGAUUAGCCACAUACGAUGAAUCAGAUGGCGACUUCAACUUCACUCGCGGCUCGAAACGAACAAAGACUACGGCACCGCUAGAGGCAGUAGCUGAGACGGAACCGGCCCCGUCGCGGAGUAGGAGGCAAGAGAAGACUGAAGAUGAUGCGCCAAAGGAUUUACCGUGGCGGCCCUCAAAGCGAAAGAUGAGCUUUUCCGCCACGCCCACAAGGCCUGAUCCCAAAGUACCAUCACCUAAAAAAGACGCGCGCGACACGACCAGGAGGAAAAAAGAGAGCGCUACAACACGACCCGAGCCGCGCCGUGGGACACGCAGGAGUACACGCUCCUCCCUCGAAAACGCGCGCCGAAACGAGGCAGAGCCAGACUAUGACGAAGACGCCAUCGAAAUGGUCGGCGGUGUAUCCACCGUCUCGCCACCCCCACCAGAGCCCGAGGCGCAAUCGAUAACGCGCACGCCUAUCCUGAGCACAUCUCACGCGACGACGAUCGCGCUCCCCUUCAGCGACACGCCAGUGUUGAACCGGAAUAAAGCCCUUCGCCAGAUGACAGCACGACGGUCGAGUCUAGGAUUGCGGGGGCGACGCGCCAGUUCACUGAUAGAUAGCGGACACACCGCCACACCGCACGCGGCCGUGCCAACGGACGAGUUCUACAAGCACAUCGAAAGUUCUCUACCCGAGCCGCGGCGCAUGAGGCAGCUUUUGACGUGGUGUGGAGAGAGGGCACUGGGAGAGCGGCCCGGAAUGGGAGAGGGUAGCGCGGCGGUGCUGGCGGCGAGGCAUAUACAGGAGCAGGUUCUGAAGGAAUUCUCGGAGCGAAGUGAGCUGAGCGAUUGGUUUGCGCGGGCGCGGGGAGAGAAGAAGGUGGUGGUUGUGCCGAAUCCAUUGAAUGUGGGGAAUGCGGCGAGGGUUGCGGAGUUAGAAGAGAGGGUUAAACGGUAUGUCCUAUUUUUUUUCAUCCUCUCUGGCACGCGAGGGAACUACAGAUAGAUGAACAGCUGACUAACGAUCAAACACAGAUUACGGAAAGAGAAAGCAGAACUCAUCGCCGUCUCCACGCCUCCGCCCUCUCAACCUCCAAAACCACAAAAAUCAGCACCCUUAGACCCUACCCUCCUACCCGCCUCUAGCGCCCCCAUACUCGAGGCGCUGCAUACCAACACCACUCUCGCGCCGCGCGUCACGUCACGCCUUAAUGCCGUGAGGGAUCGUCUAGAGCUGGCAACGGAUGUGUUUGCGCAUGCGGUGCAUGGGCUCAAGCAAGACGGGAAAGAGAUGGACGGAGUGGCGGGACGGGUGAUGGAUGGGUGUGAAGGGCGGUUGGGUGAGAGGGAAAAUAAGGAG